CGAGUGCGGCAUAGCGCACGCUGAUGAAAUAGAGGGCGGAUUUUCGCUUCCCCCGCAUUUACCCAGCCUCACAGCGGUUUUUCGUGCUCAUGGCGCACAUUCUCGCUACGCAUCCCGUGUUUUCGGCAGCAUCCGCAGGGUGGAUAAAUUGCCCUUCCUUGGCCAUUUUCGUCGUCAUUAGGCCAGAAAUAGCCUGGCAUUUUUUGCCUCAUGCCUUGUGCUUUGUAAUAACACAGAGGACGUGCUAUUUUAAGGCUCAUUUCGGAUGGGGCUUCGAUGCGCCCUCAUAAUUCUGUUGAGCAUUCAAAACAGCGCUAAUUUGUUUUGCAUUAUUUUGGCGUCGGCAAAAUUUCUUGCUUUAGUGGUGCUGCGGUCCAAAACUCUCCAAAGCUC